AUGUCUCCUAGCCCUUUGGAGGCCAGAGGGGCAGUGGCUGCACUAAGAGCCUGUUCCUCUCUCCUGCAGAGGAGCGUGUACCAGCCCAUCGGUGGGCACCGCGAGGAGCAAGUACUUGUCAACCGCCGGGACAUCAUAAGUCAGAAGGAUGCCUGGGACAUGGAGGAGUUUAUCACUCGUAUGUAUGUCAAACAGCUGCUUCGACAUCCGGCCUUCCAGAUGCUGCUGGCCUUGCUGCUGGUGAUUAAUGCCAUCACCAUCGCUCUCCGCACCAACUCCUAUUUUGCUCAGAAACACUAUGAGUUGUUCUCUACCAUAGAUGACAUUGUGCUGACCAUCCUCAUCUGCGAGGUUCUCCUAGGCUGGCUCAAUGGCUUCUGGAUUUUCUGGAAGGAUGGUUGGAAUAUCCUCAACUUCAUUAUCGUCUUUGUCUUGCUCAUGGGAUUCAUCUUUCAUGAACUCGAUGUCUGUGCCAUCACCUAUACUGUCAGGGUACUUCGGUUGGUGCAUGUGUGCAUGGCGGUGGAGCCCCUGGCCCGGAUCAUCCGUGUCAUCCUACAGUCGGUGCCUGACAUGGCCAAUAUCAUGGCUCUCAUCCUCUUCUUCAUGCUGGUGUUCUCUGUGUUUGGGGUCACGCUCUUUGGUGCAUUUGUACCCAUGCAUUUCCAAAACAUGGGGGUGGCCCUGUACACCCUCUUCAUCUGCAUCACCCAAGAUGGAUGGCUGGACAUCUACAGAGACUUCCAGAUGCAAAAGAGGGAGUAUGCAAUGGAGAUUGGGGCUGCCAUCUACUUUGCCAUCUUCAUCACUGUCGGUGCCUUCAUUGGCAUCAACCUGUUUGUUGUUGUGGUGACCACCAAUCUGGAACAAAUGAUGAAGGCAGAAGAGCAGGCGCAAGGGCAACAAAUAACCUUUAGUGAGAAAAGUGUAGAGGAGGAGAACUGGACAGACGAACUGCCACUCGUGCACUGUGCAAUCGCCCGCUUGGAGACAUCUACUGUUCCCCAGGAGCCACUUGUGGGGGGUGCUCUGUCGAACCUCUCAGAAAAAACAUGUGACAACUUUUGCUUGGUGCUUGAAGCAAUUCAGGAGAACCUGAUGCAGUACAAGGAGACCCGGGAGGAACUCAACAUGAUUGUGGAGGAGGUGCGCUCCAUCCUCUAUAACCAGGAGCAGGAGCAGGAGCUCUUACGUAAGCACUUGUCAAAGAGCCUGUCAUCACGGAGCACGUCCUCCUUGGACACUCACGGAAUAGCUACUCAGCAAGACUUGCUGUCUGCGCUUAUUAACAGGGAAAAGGUUUAUGAAUCUAACACAACUUUGAAGCUUAGCAAAAACAAGUUAAACUUUUGA